AUGUGGGGUGUAAUAUCUUCAGACCUGACAGCGACAUCUUCAUUAUCGCCCUUCAAUAUUGCUCUCUGUAGUUCCUCUCUUGAGCAAUAUAGGGAGACCUUAUGUGCUAUGUCUUUUACACUGCUUCGCCGCGCAUGGAAGUCCAUCCACCCCCUCGCCUGGAAGCCUUUAGUAUUUCCCAAUCAGGGCAUUGCCUCCAUACCUGCCAACGAGAAGGUCGAGGAGGAAACCAUUCCAGGAUACAUCGCGACACGAUAUUAUCCCGUCAGGAUCGGAGAAAUCAUUCAGGAUCGCUACCAGGUCGUUGGUAAAUUAGGCUUUGGACUUUCCUCGACCGUAUGGCUGGCACGAGAUCUCGACGGGUGCCGGCAUGUUGCUCUCAAACUUUAUGUACAAUCAGAUUGCUUGGAAAGUGAGCUAGACACCGAGCUCGAUGUAUACAGAAGGAUCGAGAGCGCACCCAACCACCACCCGGGCCGUCAUGCUGUGCGCUCUAUGCUCGACUCGUUUGAGCUCGCUACGCCGAGUGGCAGACACCGAUGCCUGGUACACGAGCCUCUCUGGGAUAGCGCGCUCAACAUCAAGCACAGAAAUCCUGUACGGAGAUUGCCACAGCCAGUCGUGGCCUUCCUGCUAAAGCGAUUAUUCCUCGCGUUAGACCUGCUACAUCGGGAGUGUCACGUAGCCCACACCGACAUUAAGGAAGCCAACAUCUUGCUCCCAGCAGAUCCCUCUGUGUUGACACAUUUUGAACAGCAGGAACUAGCAGAGCCGAGCCCUCAGAAAGAAGUCGAUGGCGGUGUGAUCUACCUCUCCCGCGAAAUGGGCACGCCGAAAGCCUUUGGCGCGCCUGUGCUGUGUGACUUCGGAUCGGCUGUAGCACUGGACGAUGGGCAGGAGCAUCGCGAGGACAUCCAACCCGAUGUCUAUCGGUCCCCAGAAGUUAUCCUGGAUGUCCCGUGGACAUACAGCGUAGACAUUUGGAACGUGGGAUGCAUGGUUUGGGACGCCUUCGAGGGCGAGCACCUGUUCACUGGUUGCGAUCCAGAGCACGGCGCAUAUCGGGGGAGAGCCCAUCUUGCCGAGAUGAUCGCCCUUCUCGGGCCUCCUCCACCAAGUCUGCUCGCUCGGUCGCAUCUAAGGAGCAAAUUCUUUUCUAAAGAAGGCGACUUCUGCGCAGGGAUUGCUGUGCCUCGCACUCGGACGCUUGAUCACCGGGAGUCAUCUCUGCAAGGAGAAGAGAACAAAGAGGAUCGAGAGUGUUUCCUACGCUUUGUGCGCAAAAUGCUACAGUGGGAACCGGAAGCUCGUAGCUGCGCUCGGGAAUUAGCAGAAGACGAAUGGAUUCUAAAGCAUACUACAGACGUCUAA